AUGAAUCCAGGGAUAUUUUUAAGCUUUUUGGCAAGUCUGUGCAUUUCUCCACGGAAACGUGAGCGGAUCUUCAAAGGGGUGGCGGGGCUGAGUUCCACAGGGAGGUGUGGAUGGCGAGAGGCCGUGAAAAUCGCCAGCACUCGGAGAAAAGUCAGAGCACACCGCCAUUUCCCCUUCAUCCCGGUCAGGGAGACCUGGACCGUGUCCGGCUCUCUGCCAGAGACCCGAACACAACCAGACACGAUCAUGGCCAGUCCCCUCCAUCUCCUCUUGGUGGCGCUGCAGCUGGCCAUACUGCACCAUGCCCAUGGGGGGGCGUACUACGGGCACAAGGCCCAGCAGCACCAGCCCGCACCACAGCUACCUCACAUGGCCCACGGCAAGGAGGGCCUGCCCCAGCAGUACCUGGUCAAGGAGAUGCCCCACUUCCAGUAUGCCAAGGAAAUGCCCAUCAUCCCUCAGUACAGGAAGGACUACAUGCACCUGCCCAUGCACGGCAAGGGCAAGGACAUGACACGCAAGGAGGACAAAGUCGCUAGAGGUGAGAAGGGUGUCCCAGGAGAAGUCGGGCCCCAGGGCCCCGCUGGCCCUGCAGGCCCACAAGGUGCACCCGGCAUUGGAAUAGCAGGUUCUCCAGGAAAGCCGGGACCCCCAGGUCCACAGGGAUUCCCUGGAAUAGGCAAACCUGGAAUGCCCGGAGUGUCAGGAAAACCAGGAGGAGUGGGACUCCCAGGACCAAAAGGAGAGCCGGGCCCUGGUGGCGAUGAGGGGCCAACCGGUUUGCCAGGACCUUCUGGUCUUCCUGGCCCUCCUGGCCUGCCAGGUCUGGGGAAACCAGGAGGCCAGGGGUUGCCAGGGCAACCAGGGCCCCGCGGAGAGCCAGGACACAAAGGGCCACCUGGACUGCCAGGUCUGCCUGGACCUAAAGGUGAUAAAGGAAACGGCCUGCCAGGACCGCCCGGGGCAAAGGGACCGGGAGGGCCACAGGGUCCCCCAGGGCCUGCAGGGCUACCAGGACCAGGGAAGUCUGGCAGAAACGGGUUUCCAGGCCUGCGAGGAGAGCAGGGAGAACCAGGCCCUGCUGGGGAGCCAGGAGCGGCAGGCCCACCCGGUGACGAAGGACCAGCAGGGCCACCAGGGUUGCCAGGCGAUGGCAAAGCAGGCGAGGAUGGGUUGCCAGGAAAACCGGGAGCUCCAGGUGACAAAGGAGAACAGGGCCCACCAGGGUUGCCAGGGAGCCCAGGCCUGCCUGGAAUUGGCAAGCCAGGACUUCCUGGACCAAAAGGUGACAAAGGUCAGGGCGGUUUACCUGGUCCUAUAGGCCCAAAAGGUGACAAAGGUCACGUAGGGCCACCAGGGGUAGCUGGUCCUCCGGGACCGACUGGACCUGAAGGUCCCCCUGGCCCAUUGGGGUCACCCGGGAAUGUUGGAUUCCCAGGGCCAAAAGGCGAGGUUGGUAUAGUGGGCCCAAAAGGAGAAGCGGGUCCUGCUGGUGAGCCAGGUCCCCCCGGGCUUCCAGGCAAAUCUGGGCUUCCAGGUGAGCACGGAGAACCAGGCCCACGUGGCCUACCUGGGCCCAGUGGCCCAAAAGGGGAGGGUGGCCACAAAGGAUUGCCAGGCAAUCACGGAGUAGCCGGGUUGCCAGGUCCAAGGGGAGAAGCGGGAAAUCCAGGCGAACAAGGGGAACAAGGCCUGAAGGGUAUUCCAGGAAUAUCAGGUCCUAGUGGACCCAUCGGCCCUCCUGGUCUUCCUGGAAUGAAAGGCGAGCCCGGUGCCCCUGGAGCACCUGGCACCCCGGGGGAAGGGGCUCCAGGCAUUCAAGGCCCUGAAGGGCCCUCAGGAAAGCCUGGCCUCAUCGGGCCCCCUGGUCAGUCUGGUCCACCUGGGCUACCGGGACCACCGGGCCAACCUGGGAUGCCUGGCCUGCUUCCCGACAUGGGGCACGUGCUGCCGGAGAUGGGCCCGGAUCUGGACGGCAUCAAGAGCCCUCCUGGGGGCUUCCGGAAGGGGAAGUACAGCGGAUCGCUCAUGGCCGGCAGCGGCCUGGAGAUGCCAGCGUUCACAGCCCAGCUGACCACGCCGUUCCCCCCCGUGGGCAGCCCUGUGGUGUUUGACAAGCUCCUGUACAACGGCGGCCAGAACUACAACCCCGACACCGGCGUCUUCACCUGUCACAUCCCGGGGAUUUACUACUUCGCCUACCACAUCCACUGCAAGGGUGCCAACGUGUGGGUGGCGCUGUACAGGAACAACGAGCCAGUGAUGUACACGUACGAUGAGUACAAAAAGAGCUUUUUGGACCAGGCGUCAGGGAGUGCCGUUCUGCCCCUGGAGCCCGGGGACACAGUGUACCUCCAACUCCCAUCAGACCAGGCAGCAGGACUUUACGCCGGCCAAUAUGUACACUCCUCUUUCUCUGGAUACUUAUUGUACCCUAUGUAA